AUGCCUCCUCCCCCUCCUCCCCCUCCGCCGCCGCCGCCCGGGGGGCUAGGUGGCCCUCCCCCGCCUCCCCCAGCGAACCUACCAAAUAGACCAUCGAAAGGGGAGGUGAAAGAUCGGGGUGCGCUCUUAUCUGAUAUUCACAAAGGCACGCGGUUGAAAAAGACAGUCACCAAUGAUCGAUCGGCCCCAGUGCUUGCAAAGACUGGGGGAGGUUCUGGAGGACCAUCUGUUGGUGCUGCGCCACCAGUACCUGGGGCCAUGAAGCCUCCCGCGGGACUUGCACCCCCAGUUCCGUCGCCGGCAGCCUCAAGCAGACUACGAAGCAACAGUGAAGGCGUAUCAGGAACGGAGGGAGGGGCUGCAGGCCCAGCCGCUCAAUUGGGCGGCCUUUUCGCCGGUGGAAUGCCUAAGCUACGCAGUCGCGGUGGAGUUGAUACUGGCGCCAAUCGACAAGACUCAUCGUAUAUGUCUGAUUUAGAAAGCACGCGACCACCUGCUGCUGCACCCCCUAAACCUCCAACAGCUCCCAAGCCGCCUGGUGCCCGACCUCCUCCCCCUCCCCCAUCAACAGAGUCCCCACCAGCACCUCCGAUAAACCCGUUGGUUGCUGGAUUAAAGAAGCCUCCCCCGCGGCCUGCCUCGAGACCAUCCUCCAACGUCUCUUCAGCAUCUACAAAGACCGCCCCCGAAGCUCCUCCUCCACGAGCUCCUCCGCCACCUCCCGGGGGUCUUAGAGCGCCGCCAGCUCCGCCGCCUCCUGCAUCUCGAAAACCGUCCGGUCCGCCACCACCUCCCCCGGCUGUCUCAAGCCCAGCAUUCCCUCCUCCUCCUCCUCCAUCUGCUCCCGCUGUCGGACGAGCUCCUCCGCCACCACCAGCGCCGCCUGGACGACCAACUCCUCCACGACCUGGUGCAGCUCCCUCAAUUGCCGCUCAAGCUGCCCGAACCGCUCUGGGUGGUACCAGUUCCCCAUCAGCACCACCCCCUCCUCCUCCAGCAUCUGCACCUGCAGCUCCGCCUCCUCCUCCUCCACCUGCCUCGGCCCCGGCUUUACCCUCAGCUGAGCCACCAUCUCGACCUUCUCCCGUUCCGUCACGCCCUGCUUCUCAAGAACCGCAUGCUGCGUUGGAUCCCAGCGCCUAUACACUCACCAACGGCGGAUCGCAUCCUGCGUAUAACUCACGAAGCUCCUCGACGUAUGGCUCAGUCCGAAUAGAUGACCCUCGAUUCAAGUUCCAGGGCGAUGGUUUGCUCCCCAAGCCUCGACCAUUUACUGGUGGGGAGCGCAGAUACCGUGCUGGACGGGGCAGCAGUGUGCCAUUAGAUUUGAGAGCCCUGAGUGGCUAA